GCCCAUUUUUAUUUCCAGAUCCUCCCAAGUCUUCCAAGUCUCUUCCAAGUCCCAACCCCCAAGCGGCGGGGAGAGAGAGAGAGAGAGAGAGAGAGAGGGCUUGCGAGUUGGUUGAGAUGGAUCUGUUGGAGAGGAACAUUAAGAAGGGGGAGGAGGUGGAGGAGGCGCGCAAGGAAGAGGAGAGGAAGGAGGAGGAGAAGACCCAGGAGUCGCAGCAAGACCAAGCCCUCAGCCUCUCGCUCGCUAACGGCAGCGCCAGGUCUGGAAUGUUGCCGAUGUCGACCCCUUCAGCUAAUCCUGCACAGCUUACAAUUUUCUAUGGUGGAUCAGUAUGCGUGUAUGACUCAGUGCCACCAGAAAAGGCUCAAGCAAUCAUGCUUAUUGCUGCAGCGGCCGCAGCAGCCACCAAAAGCAGUGCUGCCACUGCUGUUAAGCCUCCAAUGAUGCCUGCAGCCACUGUUGCCCCAGCAGCAGUCUCUCCUGUGCUCAUACGGUCUCCGUCGCUGCAGAGCACUUCUGUAGCAACUGGGCAACCACAGGCUGUUGCUGACCCUAGUUCAAUAUGCAAGCUUCAGGCUGAUCUUCCCAUUGCCAGGAGGCACUCUCUUCAGCGCUUCCUCGAGAAACGUCGUGACAGGAUUGUGAGCAAGGCUCCAUACAGUCCCGCCAAGUCAUCUGAGGGCAUGGAAUCACCUGCGAUGGAGGUGACCGCCGAGGGCAAGGUGCAGUAACUUAAAAGAUAGGGAGCCAUGACGCUCGAAACGGUGAAGGCUGACGUUGUGGAAAGGCAGGGCAGGGAUGUGUUGGUGGCUUAUGUCGAAGCUCAGAACCGUACUAAUAAUUGGAUCGGAAGCUCUAUUUUCGCUGUUCUGUUGUCAUUGUGCUAGGUUGUUCUAUUCUACCGUGAAUUCGUUUACCUGCAUACUGAACUGCUAUGCUAUGGUACGUCGUGGUACAUCAUGCCGGUCGUAUGUCUGACCCUAUGUAUGUUACAAUGAUCGUCUAGUAAUGAAAUACCAUCUAUAUUAUCCUCCUA